UUUUUCUUGGUAGCUGUUCUUAUAAGAGUUGAAACCCUCAGCUUCAGCUAUACCAAAAUAGUGAUUUUCGUGCAGACCUACUUCUCUCCAUUUUAGUCACCCUGAAGGGGCGGCCGAAGCUCCGGAUUCAGAUUCCUCCUCUGGUAGCACAUAAUAUAUAGCUUUGGAUGAAGUAAGUAGUGAGUUUUAAAUCUCAAGUGCUUUCAAGAACUAGCUAGAAGUGCUUAUCCAAAAAGUUUAAGCUGUUCCACUAUUUUAUAGAGAUAAUAUUUCUUAAGACUUUGAGAAGGAGAAGUAUGGAGGAGAAGAACGAGAUGGAAAGGGUUGAUGAUGUGAUAUUACCUGGUUUUCGGUUUCAUCCGACAGAUGAGGAGCUUGUAGGGUUUUACCUUAAGAGAAAAAUCCAACAGAGGCUUCUUCCUAUUGAGCUGAUUAAGCAAGUUGACAUUUAUAAAUAUGAUCCGUGGGAUCUUCCGAAGCUGGCAAGUACCGGGGAGAAAGAGUGGUACUUCUACUGCCCGAGGGACCGAAAAUACCGGAACAGCGCUAGACCUAAUCGAGUCACAGGAGCCGGGUUUUGGAAGGCUACCGGAACAGACCGGCCUAUCUAUUCUUCCGAAGGCACCAAGUGCAUAGGGUUAAAGAAGUCCCUUGUGUUCUACAGAGGCAGAGCUGCUAAAGGGAUCAAAACUGACUGGAUGAUGCACGAAUUUCGGUUACCUUCUCUCUCAGAUUCAGCUCCACCAAAAAAGCUCUUAGAUAAAAGCCUCCCUCCAAAUGAUUCAUGGGCAAUUUGCAGGAUUUUCAAGAAAACAAACUCCAUGGCACAGAGAGCACUUUCUCACUCUUGGGCCUCUCAGUUUCCAGAGCCUACAGCGUCUAAUUUAUUCACUCAGCAGUUCAGCUCGGAGAACAUGUCCUGCACAACUGACAUGGGAUCAACCAUGCAGUUUUGGAACAACAAUGACUUGCAACAACCAUCUAACACAAGCUUCUCUGCCUUUGAUACUCUUCCUUACAAACCAAUCAACCCUACCGAGUCGAAACCCUCCAUGUUUGAUGGAGAGUUUCCCAAUGGCUUCAUGUUCUCACCGGUCGAAAUGUCAGGACCUAUGAAUCCUGCAUUAAUCGGCGAUUUGAGCAACCCCGCUGGGAGCAUAGACUUUGAUGGUUCACAGCAGCAGUUCACCGGCUUUUCGAUCGGUUUGCAGCAGCAGGAUCAGUUGCAAGGAAACAUAGGGACAUCAGAAAAUGAAGGGGGGUUCAGGAAGAACGUGAGUAGUAGCAGUACAAGCCAUUGGGGAACCAGCAGCAUCAGAUCAAUUGGAUUUCCAUUCAGUUUGGCUUCAGAUGAUGAGGCUUGGAAGCCAACUCUGCCUUCUGAUUCACCACCCUGUCCUAGUAGCUAUUCUACAAACAAGUGCUACACUUGAUUCGAUUCAUUUGCAGACGAGAAAAUAUUUGGUAGGGCUGCCUAAUUAGGGCAACUUUCUAAGAUAGAGAAAUCUUAUACUUUUAUAAAAGGUGUUUGCACAUGUCGUGAGCUGGGCACCCCUACCCAAGUUUUUCUCCUCUCGUGGUUUACCCGUUGUAAUGAU